AUGAACAUCAAUUAUGUCAAGAAGGUGCUCACACAGACAGAAACUGGGAUAUUGAGAAGCAAACAGGUAAAUGAGUUAUUUAGAGAACAAAGUGAAUGGAGAGAGGAGGCAGCAGUUUUUUUUUUUUUUUUUGCAGUUUUCUAAUUUCUUCACUUCAGAAGAUUCACAACUUCAAGGAGACUUUGUUAAACUUGUGCUGUGUAACAGGAAAAAUGCAUUUGUUCUCUGGUUUAUAAAUGUCCUAAAUAUAUUUCAAUUAUUAUAUUUCGUUUAUUAUCAUAAACCUAAGUUGUUUUCUCGUGAUCUAGACAUAACAAUAUAGCUGGUAACUUUAGAAAUUAAAAAGAGAAUAAUAACGCUUGUCUUCUUGGGGGUUUGUCCUGAUUGGACAGUUUAAAUGUGUAUCCCGGUGUGAAAACGCCCAAUGAUUGGGAAACUCCUCUUUUACCCAACACAGUUGGUGGCGAUAAUGCUCCUUUGGAGUUAAUCGCCAUUAAACAAGAAGAAGAAGAGAAGAACUCUUUUUUUUUUUUGUUCUGCUUGAGCUCAACGGCUGCAGUCCUGGAUUCAGUCAGAGCUGAGGAAAAAAUAACUUUCAGCAGAAACCGUGAAGAGUCCUCAAAGCUCUCGGACGCAGCUGCAGCGAUCUUCUGAGGAGAGGGGAGCAGUUCAGGGUAUUUAUCAUCUUUAAACAACGCCGUGACUACGUUUUGAUGAAAAGCAAGAAUCUCUGGAUGAGUAUCAUCUGAACUGAGCUCUGCUGCUGUGAAGAUGAUGUUUGUUAAAGAGGAGAGUGAAGAGUACACGGGUGAACCAGAAAUCCGGGGAAUAAAACCAGAGGAGCCAGAAAUCCGGGGAAUAAAACCCCAGGAGCCAAAAAUCCGGGGAAUAAAACCAGAGGAGCCAAAAAUCCGGGGAAUAAAACAUGAGGUGCAAGGAGAGCCGAUGGAAUGGAACGAGGAGAGUGAAGAACUGAGUGAAGUGGAGGAGAAACAACAUAACAAACCUGGAGAAAAGCCUUUAAGCCACUUGAACACUAAAAAUACAUUUUUAAAGAAAAGAAGAGCCAAUAAAUCUUUCACCUGCACUCAAUGUUGGAAGAGUUUCUCAGACAAAAAAAGUCUUGAGCUUCACAUGAGAGUUCAUACUGGAGAGAAACCAUUCACCUGUGAUCAGUGUGGGCAGAGCUUCACACGAUCAUCAAAUCUUAAGAGUCACAUGAGCAUCCACACUGGAGAGAAACCAUUCACAUGUGUCCAAUGUGGUAAGAGCUUCAGAGAUAAAGGACUACUUAAAGUACACAUGAAGAUCCACACCGGAGAGAAGCCGUUCAUGUGUGAACAGUGUGAAAAGACAUUCUCAAAAAGCUCAAAUCUUCGGCUUCACAUGAGAGUUCAUACUGGAGAGAAACCAUUCACCUGUGACCAGUGUGGGAAGAGCUUCACACAAUCAUCAAAUCUUAAGAUACACAUGAGGGUCCACACCGGAGAGAAGCCGUUCAUGUGUGAACAGUGUGAAAAGACAUUCUCAAACAGAUUAAAUCUUCGGCUUCACAUGAGAGUUCAUACUGGAGAGAAACCAUUCACCUGUGAUCAGUGUGGGCAGAGCUUCACACAAUCAUCAAGCCUUAAGAGUCACAUGAGGACCCACACUGGAGAGAAGCCGUUCACAUGUCUCCAAUGUGGUAAGAGCUUCAGAUAUAAAGGAAUACUUAAAGAACACAUGAAGAUCCACACCGGAGAGAAGCCAUUCAUGUGUGAACAGUGUGAAAAGACCUUCUCAAACAGAACAAAUCUUCAGCUUCACAUGAGAGUUCAUACUGGAGAGAAACCAUUCACCUGUGAUAAGUGUGGGAAGAACUUCACACAAUCAUCAAAUCUUAAGAGUCACAUGAGCAUCCACACUGGAGAGAAACCACACACAUGUGUCCAAUGUGGUAAGAGCUUCAGAGAUAAAGGACUACUUAAAGAACACAUGAAGAUCCACACCGGAGAGAAGCCGUUCAUGUGUGAACAGUGUGAAAAGACAUUCUCAAACAGAACAAAUCUUCAGUUUCACAUGAGAGUUCAUACUGGAGAGAAACCAUUCACCUGUGAUCAGUGUGGGAAGAGCUUCAGAGAUAAAGGAAUACUUAAAGUACACAUGAGAAUCCACACCGGAGAGAAGCCGUUCACAUGUGAUCAGUACGAAAAAAUGUUUUUGUGUGCUUCAUACCUGAAGAAAUCCUUGACAGUUCAUACAAAGGAGAAGCCGCAUUCAUGUUCUGAAUGUGGAAAGAGUUUUUCACUCCCGCAAAGUUUAAAAGAACAUCAGAAAAUACAUACUGGUGGGAGAGAGUACAUGUGCUUUGAGUGUGACAAGACUUUUAUGACAGCACAGUGUUUAAAACGGCACCAGAGGAUUCACACUGGAGAAAAACCUUACAAGUGUUCACACUGUGACAAGAGAUUCAGUGUGUUAGGAAACAUGAAAGCACAUGAGAGGAUCCACAGCAAAGAGAAACCACACACAUGUGAUCAGUGCGGGAAGAGUUUCGCUUCUAAAAUUCACCUGAAGAAACACAUGAAGAUCCAUGCAGUGGAAAAAGCACUUAGUGGAGAAACCAGUUAUACCUCGUUUCCACCCCAGGAACUUUACCCAGGGACUAGGGACUUUGGCCUGGUACUCAGUGUAUUUCCACCGCAGGAACCAGGAACUAAAUAAAGUUCCGGGUAAAAAAAUGGUCCUCAAAGUCCCUGCUGGCGAGGUGGUCCUUUUUCAAAGUUCCGGAACUUUCGGGGGCGGGUCUUGGGCGCUAAACAUCCUGGUUGGUUGAGUUCACGCAGCAUUGGUUGAGUUCAACCACCAUUUAUUCGGAUCAACAUUUUCAAAAUAUUACUGUUAUUGUCAUGAAAUGUUAUUUUAAAAGUAUUUCAGGCAAGAAUGUAGUUGUCUAAAACUCAAAUCUGUGGUUUAUUUAUAAAGACAUCGCCUAUUUUCGCCGAUCUCGGAGACGUGAGCUCCACGCGAUCAGCGAGAGCUCAGUGAUCAUCUAUCCGCCGAGAAGCAGCCGCACCUCGGCUAGACCUUCUGAUGUGUGCCGCUGGCUCUGAUGUCUCUUUAGUGGUUAAACAUAAAAUAUAAUUUAGCUGUGGGGUGAAUCUAACAUGUUUUCUUUUGUCUGUAUUCAAUUUAUCUAAUGUUAAAAUGAAAAUAAAAAAGGCAAAUCUAUAUAAUAUUUCAUUUCAUUGUAAUGGCUGUAUACACAUAUCCCUGAACAAAGUACAUUUCUGCAGCUGUUAGUAUGUUUAAAUGAAAACGAAAGGAGGCAGUGGUAUUUGAUAUUCGAUUUCCUUUUAUUGUAAAUAUAACGUUACUGAUAGGAAAAUUGCAGUAGCCAUGGUCAGCUGAGUUCACGCAGCAUUUUUUGGGUUCAACCACCAUUUAUGCGGAUCAUUUUCAAAAUAUUAGUGUUAUUGUGUCAUUAAAUGUAAUUUUAAAAGUAUUUCAGGCGAGAAUGUAGUUGUUUAAAACUCAAGUCUGUGGUUUAUUUAUAAAGACAGGGCCUAUUUUCGCCGAUCUCAGAGACGGUCAGCUCCACGCAAUCAGCGAGAGCUCAGUGAUCAUCUAUCCACCGAGAAGCAGCCUCACUUCGGCUAGACCUUCUGAUGUGUGCCGCUGGCUUUGAUGUCUCUGUAGUGGUUAAACAUAAAAUAUAAUUUAUC